CCGACGUGUGGGGGCGCAGGAGGCGGAAGCGGAGCGGAAGCCGCGCGGGGCCGGAGGAGCUGGAGGUACCGGAGGCAGCGGGGCCAUGGCGGAGUGAGCGCGUCUGCUGCCGCCCACACGGGCCCGCCGCGCCAUGGAGACAGUGCAGCUGCGCAACCCGCGCCGGCAGCUGAAGAAGUUGGAUGAAGAUAGUUUAACCAAGCAACCUGAAGAAGUAUUUGAUGUACUGGAGAAGCUGGGGGAAGGAUCCUAUGGCAGUGUAUUCAAAGCUAUUCAUAAAGAGACGGGUCAGGUUGUUGCAAUUAAGCAAGUCCCUGUUGAAUCUGACCUACAGGAGAUUAUAAAGGAAAUAUCCAUAAUGCAGCAAUGUGACAGUGCCCAUGUAGUCAAAUACUACGGCAGCUAUUUUAAGAACACGGACCUGUGGAUAGUCAUGGAGUACUGUGGAGCUGGAUCUGUAUCUGACAUUAUUCGGUUACGAAAUAAAACGUUGACAGAAGAGGAAAUUGCUACAAUAGUACAGUCAACCCUCAAAGGACUAGAAUAUCUGCAUUUUAUGAGGAAAAUACACCGAGAUAUCAAAGCUGGGAAUAUAUUACUAAAUACAGAAGGACAUGCUAAACUUGCAGAUUUUGGGGUAGCAGGACAACUUACAGAUACCAUGGCAAAACGGAACACAGUUAUAGGAACUCCGUUUUGGAUGGCUCCUGAAGUGAUCCAGGAAAUUGGGUAUAACUGUGUAGCAGACAUCUGGUCUCUGGGGAUCACGGCAAUAGAAAUGGCUGAAGGAAAACCACCAUAUGCUGAUAUUCAUCCAAUGAGGGCAAUUUUCAUGAUUCCUACAAAUCCUCCUCCAACAUUCCGGAAGCCAGAACUGUGGUCAGACAAUUUCACCGACUUUGUAAAACAGUGUCUUGUGAAGAGUCCUGAGCAAAGAGCCACUGCCACGCAGCUUCUUCAGCAUCCGUUUGUUAAAAGUGCCAAAGGGGUGUCAAUUUUGCGGGAUUUAAUUAAUGAAGCAAUGGAUGUUAAGUUGAAACGCCAAGAAGCACAACAGCGGGAACUGGAUCAAGAUGAUGAAGAGAAUUCGGAAGAAGAUGAAACUGAUUCAGGUACAAUGGUACGGGCAAGUGGAGAUGAGACUGGUACAAUAAGAGCUGCCAGCACCAUGAGUGAUGGAGCCAAUACCAUGAUAGAACAUGAUGGCACUCUGGAGUCCCAGCUGGGCACGAUGGUAAUAAAUACAGAAGAGGAGGAAGAGGAAGGGACCAUGAAAAGGAGGGAAGAGACCAUGCAGCCAGCCAAACCAUCGUUCCUGGAAUAUUUUGAACAAAAAGAAAAAGAGAAUCAGAUCAAUAGUUUUGGGAAGAAUGUGUCUGGCCAGACAAAAAAUUCAUCUGACUGGAAAGUACCACAGGAUGGAGACUAUGAAUUUUUAAAGAGUUGGAGCGUAGAGGAGCUGCAGAGGAGACUCUCAGCCCUUGAUCCCAUGAUGGAGCGGGAAAUCGAAGAGAUCCGCCAGAAGUACCAGUCUAAACGACAGCCAAUCCUCGAUGCCAUUGAAGCAAAGAAGCGUCGGCAACAGAACUUCUGAAAGAACUGCUGGUAGAAUCCACCUCCAUCCUCUGAAACAAUCAGCUCCUUGCUUUUUAUGACUACUAAACAGAUUGAUUAGCAAGAUAGAGGGCAGUACUGCCCACUUAUUUUUUUUCCAUAGCACUUUUGUGAACUCAGGAAUGCCAUUAAGUGGGAAGUCCUGAUGGAUGGAUAAUGGUAUGUGUUAAUGUUAGACAUAUUUAAAAUAAGAGGUGUAUUAUUUCAGAGGAGUUCUGUUACUGCUUUUAGAUGGAUUUUUUUUUUUUUUUUGAAAUCUGAGGAACAGCUAGAAAUAGACUAAUGAAAGUUGGCUCGUUUUCUUCUUGAAGUAACUUUCAGUAGUCCAGUUUCUUCUUUUCAAGUGACUAUGUACUGUGGUGUUUUAACUCCUGCAUUUUUAUUGUUGUUGAUGUUAUUAUAUAGACUCAGUUUCAAACAGUUUUUAACUGUGUCUUUCUACUGUUAAGGUACUAUGGAAAGUGAGAGCAAACAAAAGAGGUUGCUGAAAAGUGUUAGACAAAGACAUACAAAAACAGUUCCAGCCUUUAGAAAGGAACAUAUCUCAUAUUUUAAAAAGCCUGUAAUAAGCCCCAUGCCUUACAUUAUGUGCUUUUAAAAGCAUUUUUCAAAACCUCUGUCUUGUCCUUCAUGUGUACUGUAUGAAUUAAUACUGGUAGAUUAAGCAUGUUGUGCCUCUGUUGGAAAUGAUAUUCUGCAGUUUAAAAGCCACAUUAACCUUAAGACAAAACCAAAGUGGAAUUGCAACACAGAACACAAAGCAGAUGCCUGUUUGGAAAUGUCCUUCAGAGAGAUCCACCUAGCAUUGCCAUGCAUGCAAGAUGCAGUAUUAGGAUGCUGAAAUUAUUCUGUGAAAUCUCUCUCAGGAAAUUAAGUACUUUCUGCUCCAUUUGUUAGAGGUUUUAAAAAAUAUUUCACUGUAAAUUGUGGCGAUUUCGUACAGGCUUUAGAAGUUAGAUGUAAAUUUGGAUGUUUGGAUAAAAAUGUACCUUCAGAGUACUUCACCUUCCUAAAGGGUUAAGUGCAUCAAAAAGGCUAAGCUAAAAAUAAAUAUUUUUUGCCCAAAAAGAUUCCAUAAUUUUUUUUCUUUUGAGGUGACAAACCUUGCUCAUAGGAGUCAGCUGACUGAAGGUACAACUUAGCCUGUGUUGCUGUUGCUAAAUUCAGUCUCUUCUAGUUUUUCAGGACACCCUUAAAAUCUUUGUCUGGGAUAACUGUACAGUCUACCUUUUUUCAUAUUUUUGAAGACUUGUGGAAAAUGAGGAGAAAGUGGAUGUACAAUCAAAGCAAGCUGAGUCACCUUGAAAUGGUUCAGUAAACUUUCACUGCUGUAAGGGAAAGCAAACCAGAAAAAUCAGUGCAAGAGUUACCAGUUACAGAUGCAGCCAUAUGAGAGGGGGUGCUGUACUCUGUAGCUAGAGAACACCACUAAUGUCAGUUCUGAUAUUAGGAUUUGCUUUUUUAGGAGUCUCUUACACAUGGGACAGAUCAAGAAUGUGCAUUAAUAUAUUUUCAUUUUCCUCUGAUAGAAGGACCAGUUUCCACAUCAUCCUUGUGAAACAGAUCUUGGUAUGACAUAAGAUAAUCAAACUGAAUAGCAGUGGUUCCUGAAAUCAAAUGCUGUUAGUAAAGAGAAGCAUCCCUUCACACCUACUUGGAAGCAUAGCUUUAGACCCUGUUUCUUGGGAGGUAAUGCCUAGGUUACAGUAAACUUAUAUCCUAUUGAUUUAAAAGGAGCUGAGCCAUUGUUUAGCUCUCACCACCUUCAAUUUAUUCCUCAGUUGUGAAUGUGCAGAGCUAAAGUAGCCGUCUCCUAAAACUCAUCUAACUCGUCAAGCAGACGUAUGAAAGGAAAAGGAGUCAGUGAGCAGUGUGGUUAAGGACAAUGAGAUAAUGCGUUCCAGGGAUACCCACUCUGCCCAGCUGUUGGGCACUUGAAUUCUGACAGUCUCCAGUAUUGAGAAAAGUACAGGAUGAAGAUCUUGAAAGCAACCAGUACAUCAAAAUGAGUCCAAUCUUACUUCCCCAGCAGAAGCUGAAUAAUUUGAACCUUACCUUUGUUAGAUGACUAAAUCCCUCAGUAAUAAAAAUCUGGCAGUGAAGUGAACCAUGAAGGCUAGUAAAUUUGUAUAUUGACAAUACAGCAUAGUUGCACAGGGUACAGAUGCCAUCUGCAGCACACAUUAAAAAUUCAUGCCAUGUGUUUUUAUUGCUCAAAAAUAUUUACAAAAGAUUCUUAUUAAUGUUUAUUAUGUUCACGUGCUUCAGUGGAACUUCUGGAAACAAGAAAGAUGGAAUUCUUUUAUUUGAAAUAUUAGAUCUUGGUUUAAUUAUUUGUGGUAUAUAUGCAUUUUGCCUCUGUGUGUGUGUGUGUGCGCGCGCGUGCACUAGGUGAGCCAUGCAUGGCGAGCUAAUUGCAUUGCCUACGUGUUGUAAAGACUGGGCUCUGGAGGGAAUGAAUUGUCACUUGACAAAACUUUCUGACGACUGGAAGACAUUAGGAAACCCCAAUUCUAAACAAAACAGCAAAGGGUGAUCUGGUGAUCACAUUUUGCUGUUCACUCCGAGAGCAUAAUUUGAGAUUGCCCAAAGCAAUAUGUUAGUUCACAGAUGCUUACAAUCAGUAGGCUUCACUGAAACAGCUUUCUAUUUAAAACAAAAAACAAAAAAACGCGCACAAAACCAACCAAACAAAAAAACCCACUAGCAGAAGAAUCCAAAUAUAUGAAAGAAUGAAAUGGUCUAAUUAACAAUUUCCUUAACCUGUUCCCAAAUGACUAUAAGAGUUCAGACUUUUGCUGCUUUAUGGAGUUCUCCAAAAUAUAGGGAAUGGAUAUUGUUCUCCCUACCCUCCUCCAGUUGACUUCUAAUCAAGUAGAGAAAAUUGUUCCUUUUUUGGCUUCUUUGCAGUAAUGUGCAGAAGCAUAUUCCACUUGCUCCUUGUGCUGCUUCAAAUGGUAAGACUAAGGCUUGUAUCCUAAGGGAAGGCUAGUCAGGCAAACAAGGUUAAGCAAUAUGCUCGUUUAAUUGUGAAAUUGCAUUGACAUGCUUUAUGGGUCCAUAUGCAUUGCUGAGAAAUGUUCUGGACAAACUGUCAUCUUCACUUCUUACAGCCUGAAAAGACGCUGAUGUCAGUUCUGUGAGACUAAAUAAUGUGAAGUUUGUAGCUUUAACUUUUUUUGUAACAAAGAAAUUAGUGACACUGGCAUAAAGUGCUGACUUGAAGUGCUAUUUUGUAAGAUCUGGCUAUUUGUAUAUAAUAGUAUUGGUUCAUUAGUUUGUAUAUGUAUGAAAUAGCAACUUUUAUGGCAUUGUCUCCAAGUUUGAUACAGGAGAUUGUUUUCAUUUCUUUCAAAUAUCUUGCCUUUAUUUGUUCAACAUGACAAAUAAACUGUGCUGAAUGAA